GAAUACUGAAAUUAUAGGUGAAGAUGUGGAAUAUACUAUCAAUGCUUCCUUCCUUCCGCGUGAGUUCUAUUCCAGUUUCUUCUUCAUGCACGGUUUUCUUCCUCCGGCGAUCAAGUCAUUUCGUGAUCAACUUUUCUACUCGGAAGAUUUGGUAAUCCAUCACAUCAGCUGAGUUUAAUGAAUAAAUAAAUGGUGAAUUGGUAAUGUCUGCACGAUUCCCCAAUCCAAUCCUAUAAGGUAAAGUUCGCAGACAUGGAGCUCCUCAUCUCAUUCCUUCCGAGUUGAGCUGACAGUAAUGUCUAUCAGAUCAAAAAAAUCCCAAAUCAGCCGAGAGAAAUUCCCAUCGGAAGAAUCCCAAAUCCUUACGGAUGAUAAAAACCCGCCUUCUUACUCUCCCUCUCCUCGAUCCACCACCGCGCUCUCCCAAACCCUAGCCAUCACCGCCAAUCUCGCUAACCUCCUUCCCACCGGCACCCUCCUCGCGUUCCAACUCCUCGUCCCAUCGUUCACCAACUAUGGCUCCUGCGACUCCGCCACUCGCUUAAUGACUCUCGUCCUCCUCGUCCUCCUCGGAUCCUCCGCUUUCCUCGCCUGCUUCACCGACAGCUUGCAACUCUCGGACGAGCGGGUGGUCUACGGCUUGGCGACGCCGGGAGGCAUGUGGAUCUUCGAUCCGCCGCCGGAUCUAACGGCCCUGCCGGAUCUGUCAAAGUACAAGGUACGGAUCAUAGAUUGCUUGCACGGGGUGCUAUCAAUUCUGGUUUUUGUGGCGGUGGCUCUGCGAGACAAGAACGUGGUGCAGUGCUUUUGCCCGUCGCCGGAGACGAAGACGAAGGAGGUUUUGGACAUACUUCCUCUUGGAAUUGGAGUGAUUUGCAGCAUGCUUUUUGUGGUUUUUCCGACGACUAGGCAUGGGAUUGGGUACCCCGUUAGUAAGGGAAGGUGAAGGUCUUAAGAGAUCUGUAAAAAUUAUGACCUGCAUAUUUCAAUCACGCGAAGACAUAAUUUAAUGUCCGGACGAAAAAUUAGUUCUGAUUCUAACAUUUUAAUCAAUUGUUUGAUUGAAUAUGAAAUAAUUAAGUUUUUGCUGGGCUUUAUGAGA